UUACCGCCUCCAUAGAGUGGCGACACAGUGUGACUUUCUGACCUAUAGCUCUCGUAAAUAAUACAGAAGCUCGCUGAAUAGGACACGUGGAAAAGUACGCGUCGUCAGUCUUACGAGACGUCUCGGAGCGACUUGUACUCGGCUGUACUCCACCUCGGGGCUAAAAAGUAUUUGGAACGAGUACAAUGAAUCAGAGUGACACUUUCGAUGGUAGCGAGUUACUCGACGCUCUGUGAACGCAGGGGAUGAGAAUGGGGAUUCUCGUUAAACAAUACGAGGCGACGCAUUCGUGUUGAUCUGCGAUAUCGCCAGGGCGACACUUCACGUUAUUCCACGACUCGACUUCCUGCUGAACACUCGCGCGGGCUUUCGCCCGAACAGAGGCUCAAAUGACCUCGUCAGCGGUCAAGACCUGGUUGCACCGUGGCGAGCUCGAGAGACUCGAGAAUGUAGUGUUGGAGGGUCGAGGUGCGUGCUUAUUGGGCGAACACUCGCAGGACCUUCGAACUCGUGUCUUCCUGAAGGGACUCCCGAACUACUUGACGAAGAUCGCUCAAGUGCACGACGCUGUGGAGCGCUGCUCAUUAGCGGAGACGCAGCGGAUCAUAGCCGAGGAGUCGAAGAAGAAGUUGGCCAUCGCCAAGGACUCUUGCGGCACCCCCUUGAUACACAAGGCGGUCUACUACGAUCAAGCCGACAUCGUCGCAUGGCUCGUAGAGAACUACCCCAUCACGCCGCAGCAGAAAGAUAAGGAGGGGAGGACAGCUCUGCACUAUUGCGCCGCGUGCAAGGACUCCAACGCGAUCUGGGAUCUUCUUCUCGAAGGCGGAUGUGACGCCAGCGUUUGCGACAAAAGGGGGAAUCCGGCGGCCUAUUACUUGGAACACAGCGCGGAAAUUGAAUUGCCAGAAGUGGAGAUCAUGUCCCGUCGGAGGAAAAGUACCGGAAAGGAUUAUCUCGACUGCAAGCCUUCCAAUAUCAGGAUAUGGAUACACAACAGGGACAUCGGGAAAUUGCAGCAAGUACUGUGGGAGGGACACGGGGCGAAAUUGCGGUGCGAGACCAGCAACAGUCCUCGAAUCAGAAAAUUCCUGGAGGCCGUGCCCUUCAUCAUGGGCACAAUAAAGGACAUUCACACGGCGACCAUCAACAACGAUUUGGAUGGCCUGAAGAAAAAACUGGAGGAACCCGUUUCGCCGGUCGUCCUGGGAGGCAAGGACUGCAACGGCUUGAACGCAUUGCACAAGGCCGCCGGCUUGGGGCAUGCGGACAUCGCGCGUGAGAUCCUCGAGAGGUAUCCUACGGCGGUGGCGACUCAGGACAGCGAGGGGAAAACUCCGCUGCAUUACGCGGCUGCGCUCAAGGACGACGGCGCCAUGUACGACCUGCUGACGGAGCACGGGGCCGACGAGAGUAAAUUGGAUAAUAGGCAAAAGGCGCCAGCCUUCUACAAGAACCGGCCUUCGGACGUGGACCUGACGAACCUGUCGGUGAUACCGGAUGCGCCUCGUGUCUCCGGCAGCGCCUACCCCAAAAACUGGGACUGGAGGAUCCUGGAGGCGAACCAGCCUCUCAGCCGGGGGAUGAAGAAGGUAAUCAGCAGCAGCAGCGACAUCGACAGCGCCUUCGGUAGCGCCGAGUCCACGACCAAAGAUUCGGACGCCUCGAGCGAGGUUCACACGGGGGGUUUCACGGAACAGGUGAAAAGAGCGGACGACGAGCAGCCGCAGAACGAGGAUGAGGAGGAGGAAGAGGAGGGGGAGGAGGCUGAGACUCCAAACGGAGGCAUAGAGGAGGAGGAGGAGGAGAAGGAAGCGCAGAAUGAAGGAGAUGAUGAGGCUAACAACGGCGAUGAGAAGCAAGAAGAGGAGGGGGCGGAGGAGGGUCCGAACGAUGAAGAAGCGAACGCGGAGGAGGAGGAGAAAGAGGAGCAGCAGGAGGAGGAGCAGGAGGAAACAAAAGCGGACGAUUCCGAGGAGAAGGCAUCCUCGGACGAUGACGUAGUGAUCGGACCAGUCGCGGAGCCGGAGAAAGAUGAAGAGGAUGCGGCCGAGGAAUCCCCGAAGAUCGAGGAAAUCGCUGACGGCGAAAAAAACGAUGAGGAGAGAAACGAUCCUAGCACCGGCGACUCCGGCGUCGAUGACCCUGCGCAGGACGAGGAGCAGCAGGUCGUCGGAGAGCACGAGGAGUCCGCCGAGGUGGAACUCGACGAGGGUAGCAUGGCCCGUGAUCCGGAAGUGGACAACCUGCUGGCGAACGGUAACAUGGAACAACUAGCGGCUCUAGUUCUCAACGGCGAAGGCCGGCGAUUAGUCGGGCGACAAUCCGGAAAUCCGGAACUCCAAGCGUUCAUCGACAAUGUGCCGGCUUACAUGGGGAAGAUCCACGCGGUGCACAUGGCGGCGCGAGAAGGGAAUCUCCGCGAUUUGCAAAGCGCACUGGAUCGCCGCAAAUUCGCGGUGGCGCGGGACGAGUCGUCACCCCAUGGCGCGACACCGUUGCACGUGGCGGUUGUGUUCGGCAAUACAGCUGUCAUCAGGUACUUGGCAGGGAGGUUUCCAGAAACCGCCCACGCGAUCGAUCUCGACGGACGUACUCCGUUGCAUUACGCUGCGACGCUCGCUGACAACGGUCAUUAUUACAAUCUUCUGCUGCACCUGGGAGCUAACCCUCUAGUGCAGGACAACUUCGGACAUAAGGCGGAUUAUUACAAGCAAAAUCAAAGCGACCUGUCGCACAAAACGAUUCUGCGCGAUUUCGGGGCCAGCGAGCGGCUCGCCGACGAAAUGCUGAUGGACAAAGUGCCCGGAGGUGACGUCUACUCCGCCCGGCGGGACGUGAGCGAGCCGGAGACACUGGCCAUUCUGGAACGGUGUUUCCGUUUGCUGGCGAGUAACCGCCGGUCGUCCGUACCGAAGACUUCGUCGAACACCGGUACAUUAGUCGGCCGUUGCCUGAAGCGGCCGGUAUUCGAUCUGAUCAAGCACCGUGUGACUCGCAUGGACCACAAUCUCUUUGACGUGAUCUGGCCGGCGAUGAAAAGGUACGGUAACGUCACGGCCAACGGCAGCAAGGCCGGCAGCGCGCGUUCGAACAUCAGCUACUCGGACGAAGACCACGGUUACGGCGUGGUAGCGCCCGACUUUGAGAGCUACGUCGUCUUCACCGAGUUCUUCGACCCCUUCAUCCGGGAGCUGCACUGCGUCACCGCGAGCGGUGACCUACCCGACCAUCCGCCGCCGCGUUUCUUCAACAACGACGACGAAGGGGACGAGGAGGCGCCGCCGGACGAGGCGACGCUCGCGUCGAUCGAGCAGCACGACCUCGACCCGAUCGCCAAGUUCAUUCAGGCCGGUGUCAUCGAGUGCGCACGAAACCUCGUCAACUACACUCUACCGUUGACCUUGACGGUCAACCAGCUGGAGGAAGUCGAACGGGAGAUUACGAAUCAGUUCAUGAGCCCGGAGAUCAGCGCCAUGAUGGCGGAGGGUAGUAGCGAGGACGAAGCUGGCACGUAUUUCACCCUCAACGAGAUCUUGGAACAACCCAGCCGUAUACGAGCGCAACUGGCGGCGGCCGGUCUGCUCUUGCCGAUCACGGAGUACGACGUGAGCGACGAUCGACGUCUCCACGGUAAGCACUGGCCUUACGGGCGAGGUGUCUACGUCACCACCGCCGGCGACCUCGCCGCGUGGGUCAACAUCCAGGACCAUCUGCGCGUUGUCUGCCGCACCAACGAGAACCGACCGGGCCUGAUGGGUCGUGCCUACGUCAGGGUGGCCAAGCUGAUGAUGAUACUCGAUCGGAAGCUGAAUUUCAAGCGCGACUGCAAGCUGGGUUUCUUAACCGCGCGCCCUCAUGCCCUCGGUAACACUUUGAGGUUCUGCUUGGUCGUGAGGUUCCCGGAGCUCUCCAAGACACCCGACAAUCUCCGGCACCUCUGCGUGGUGCGCGGUCUCAGUGUACGCGACACCGCCAAGAAGGACAUGGUGAGGAUCGGCAAUCAGCAGUCAUUGGCCAUCGCCGAGCUGCAGACCCUGCAGGACUUCUCCAGAGCGGUUCACAAUAUCAUCACCCUGGAGAAGGAACUGUCGUUGAACAACUCGAUGAAGAUCGCUACCCUCAUCGCUGGUAUAUUUCGCAAACGGGCAAAUGCGUCGAGGGGUCUGAAGGCGUAAAAAGCUCGACGGUCAUGGUGGUAAAAAGAAAAAAAACAAAAAAAAAAGACAAUAAUAAUUAGGUCCUGAGCUCUUGAAGACGAUUCGUCGAAAAUAAUUCGUCCGCUCAACGUCCAUCCCGAAAAAAAAAAAAAAAUAGUCGCCUUUCUUCAACGUACUCUGAAUAAUUAACGUAAUGUGGAAGGUACUUGUGUGGAAGAACCGUCCGCCUUUCUGAGAAAUCUUACACGAGACGAUCUCACACCGAGGCGCAAAAACACGGACUUGUUCAUCGUUCGUCGAAGAUCUAGAUAGCGAAUCGAGAUCCUGAUUAUCAA